GAAACUCCUAUAUUUUUUGUAUGAAAACAUAUCUAAAAUCCUAUCGAUAAAAACAAAUUUCUUUCUCUUGCAGCUAUCGAACGUACAACAUAAACAGCUCGUGUGAAGACGCAGCAGCAGCAGUCUCAGACAGCGGAUUGGAGGGAUCGAAGUCGCCACGCCAUGCACAAGAGAAAGAGACCCUAGAGCGAGAGAGAGAGAGAGCGAGCGAGCGAGAGAGAGACUUAAUCAAAAGCCAGAAGAGAAGCAGAAAAACCCAAACAAUCAUCCUAUCGUUGCCAUUAUUAUCAACGUCGAUCCCGACAAAUAUGGUGCUAAAUCUCCUAUUUAUCACGACGGUCAUCAAGUCCACAUUCGGUGUGGUAACCACCGGACUCUGGCUAAUACCCUUGCUCUUAGCGGCCAUUACAUAUUAUCGCUAUGAUGCAGUGGAUCCGGAAUCGCGGCCAUUGGACCAGUUGAAUCUGUGGCCCGAAUAUGAUUUCAUAGUGGUGGGCAGCGGCUCGGCGGGCGCGGUGGUGGCCAAUCGACUGAGUGAACUGCGCAAAUGGAAGGUGCUGCUGAUCGAGGCCGGGCCGGAUGAAAACGAGAUCUCGGAUGUGCCCUCGCUGGCCGCCUAUUUGCAGCUAAGCAAACUCGACUGGGCCUACAAAACGGAACCCUCGACGAAGGCCUGUUUGGGUAUGCAGAACAAUCGCUGCAAUUGGCCGCGAGGCCGGGUCCUGGGCGGCUCCUCCGUGCUUAACUAUAUGCUCUAUGUGCGUGGCAAUCGGCAUGACUACGAUCAUUGGGCCUCGCUGGGUAAUACCGGUUGGGAUUACGAUCAGGUGCUGCACUACUUCAAGAAGUCCGAGGACAAUCGCAAUCCCUAUCUGGCCAAGAGCGCCUAUCAUGGUCGUGGCGGGCUGCUGACCGUGCAGGAAUCGCCCUGGCACACGCCGUUGGUCGCCGCCUUCGUGGAGGCGGGCACGCAGCUGGGCUACGACAAUCGGGACAUCAAUGGCGCCCAACAGGCGGGCUUUAUGAUUGCCCAAGGCACCAUACGACGCGGAUCACGGUGUUCCACGGCAAAGGCGUUUCUGCGCCCGAUACGCCAGCGUCCAAACUUUCAUUUGUCGAUGAACUCGCAUGUGACACGCAUCAUCAUCGAGCCGGGCACCAUGCGCGCCCAGGCCGUGGAGUUUGUGAAGCAUGGCAAGGUCUAUCGCAUUGCGGCACGUCGCGAAAUUAUAUUGUCAGCGGGCGCCAUCAACACGCCACAGCUGAUGAUGCUCUCGGGGCUGGGGCCGCGCAAGCAUCUCGAACAGCAUGGUAUACGUGUGCUGCAGGAUCUGCCUGUGGGCGAGAAUAUGCAGGAUCAUGUGGGCAUGGGCGGCCUAACGUUUCUUGUGGACAAGCCCGUGGCCAUAGUGCAGGAUCGCUUCAACCCAACGGCGGUCACCUUCCAGUAUGUGCUACGCGAACGCGGACCCAUGACCACGUUGGGCGGUGUCGAGGGUCUGGCCUUUGUGCACACACCCUACUCCAAUCGGAGCAUCGACUGGCCGGACAUACAGUUCCACAUGGCGCCCGCUUCCAUUAACUCGGACAAUGGUGCGCGUGUCAAGAAGGUAAUGGGUCUUAAGGAGUCCGUUUAUCAGGAGGUCUAUCAUCCCAUUGCCAACAAGGAUAGCUGGACAAUAAUGCCGCUGCUGUUGCGUCCACGCUCCAGGGGCAGUGUUCGCUUGCGCUCGGCCAAUCCCUUUCACUAUCCGCUCAUCAAUGCCAACUACUUUGAUGAUCCGCUGGAUGCCAAGACGCUGGUGGAGGGCGCCAAGAUAGCGCUACGCGUCGCCGAAGCGGAGGUGUUCAAGCAAUUCGGCAGCCGGCUCUGGCGCAAGCCGUUGCCCAACUGCAAACAGCACAAAUUUCUAUCCGAUGCCUAUUUGGAGUGCCAGGUGCGCACCAUAUCGAUGACCAUCUAUCAUCCCUGUGGCACCGCCAAAAUGGGUCCCAGCUGGGAUCCGGAGGCUGUCGUUGAUCCACGACUGCGUGUCUAUGGUGUGCGUGGGCUGAGGGUCAUUGAUGCCAGCAUUAUGCCGACCAUCAGCAGCGGCAACACGAAUGCUCCGGUCAUUAUGAUCGCCGAAAAGGGCGCCGAUCUCAUCAAGGAGGAUUGGCUCAACAAUCCCGAGUAUAAAGUCAAGCGGCAGGAUGGCUACAGUGACAGCGAGCCGGCCGCCAGCAGCAACAGUAACAGCAGCAACUUUCACAGCAGCAACAAUUUGACGCUAGCAGCAACAGCUGCUGACAGCCUGACAAGCAGUUAGCUGUGCUUGUCAUUGGGCCGGGGUCAGGUGUGCUCAGGGGUCAACUAGCUUUACAAGACUCAAACAACUGAACGGACAGUCCGACUGUCGGACUGUCGCACUGUCGGACAGUCGCCUUCAUGGACAGCGUGUUGCUUUUUUAUUAUCAAGUCCCGAACAAAAGUUUGCCAUUGUUUCAAUCUAGUGUUAAGACAAACAAACAAACAAACAAACAAAAGUUCGCCUUUUUGGGCUGCUAUCACAUAACGCCAAACACCAACAACAAUCAACAAUGGUUGGCAACAUCAGCAACAAUAACAACGACAACAACAGCAAAUAGUUUCCCAUGCAAACAUUUAUCCCAAAAUGAUGUAAUGGCGUGAAAAGCAUGAAAUCGAGUCAUAGUUAUGUACCAUAUAUAAUUUCUAGACUCUAGUUAAGCUAAACAUAAUUAUUGCAAUUAAUUU